CGUCUUAUAGUUUCCAUCUUGAUUCUACUGAUUUGCUUUUUAUUCACAUUGGUUUUAUUAUAUUUUGUUGAAGGGAUAUUUAUCUGGAACAGUGUAAUUAUUAGGCCCGGGAUCACAAUUUUCACUAAAUUGAUGACUGAUAUUAUGGUUUAUAUUUCUAGGAGGCUGAAUUUAGACCUGAAGAUAGUAGUGCCGUCCCUCAAGCAGCAGACAGUGAAAAGCCCGUAGAGGAACGUUCAUGUGUGGAACACGAUAAUGAAGAAAAUGUGGAGAUAAAAGCUGAGAAGUCUUCAGGUAGAAUAUCUGAGGGGUGACAGUCUGGCCUUGGGGGUACAAUAUACAAGUUUUCAUUCCUGAUCCAACAAUGUUUCUGAGUUCUGAUUGCUUUAUCUUGAAUUCUGCAGCUGAUCCAAACCCACCAAACACGCCUCUAAGUGUCCCUGAUAGACUUGCAGCCAGUGGUCCUAUAGUGACAUCUCAGGGGCAGAAAGAACAUGAGGCAGAAUGUGAAGAAAUAUCAAAAGGAAUUCUCCAAAGUGUUCCUGCUCCCAGCCCAAGUAGCUCAUGGCAGCCUAUAGACUGUACAAGUGAUGAGCAGCCAUCUCGCGUUUCUAUUAGCCAUUUCCAACUAAGUGCUGUGCUGGGCCAAGGAGGUUUUGGAAAAGUGUAUCUGGGAAAAUACAAAGCAACAGGCAAACUGUUUGCCAUCAAGACCUUAAAAAAGCGAGAAAUGACUUCAUCAAUUAAAUUGAACAGCCAAGAAGCAGCACCUCCUCUGGGACAACAGACACACUAA